AUGGCUUCUACAUUCAGCUCGUUGACGCUGCUGGGGCUACUAGCUCACAGCUUGCCAGCCCAUGCUUCUGCCAUCAGGACCACGCCGGCAGACCCGGCGCCAUCUCCAACGUACAGCUACAGCUCUUUCUCCUAUACGCAGAUGACUUCGGACCGGUAUGCCACGCCGCUGAAGUCACCUCUCUCCUUUCCGACGCCGUUUGCGCCGCCUUUCAGCAAAGCGUCAACUCUCCUGCCUGCCAAUGUGACGUAUACGACCUACUCGUUGAAUCCACAAGCAACUGCUACUCCGGAUGGUCAGUAUGGGCAGAGCGCCUACGCUGCUCUCUGGACGAACCUCUCCUACUCCGACAGCCCGCCUUUCACCACCACCGUGUCCCCGACUCCGGUGCCCACGAGCGAAUUGGUCUUUCCGCCGGCCCUGCCCGACCAAUCUACCGAUCAGAGCAACUUGACCUUGCCAUCCGACUUUAUCUGGGGAGUCGCCGGGAGUGCAUGGCAGAUUGAAGGCGGCCUUCAGAUCGAAGGACGAGGACCGAGUGUCCUGGACACGAUCGGCGCGCUGGGAAUGUCCCAGGGGGCCAAUGACUCCAACGUCGCCGACAUGAACUACUUCCUGUACAAACAAGACAUUGCAAGACUGGCGGCCCUGGGUGUCCCGCACUACUCCUUCUCGAUCUCGUGGAGUCGCGUGGUCCCCUUCGGCGUGGCAGGCUCGCCCAUCAACAAACAAGCGCUGAGUCACUAUGACGACCUCAUCAACACGUGUCUGGAAUACGGCAUCACUCCGAUCGUGACGCUGGUGCAUGCUGAUGCUCCGCCUGCGGUCAUCGCGGACGUAUCGAACUUGACCACCCAUUUCUUAUACUACGCGAAGCAGGUGAUGACAAGAUACGGCGACCGAGUCCCGCACUGGGUGACGUUCAACGAGCCCAACAUUGCCGUUGGAUCGAUGUUCAGCUCGUACAACGACUUGACGGCGACGUUGCUCGCGCAUGCAGCCCUCUAUGACUGGUACAAGCACGAACUUGGCGGCACGGGAAAGAUCACCAUGAAAUUUGCCAAUAAUCUUGCGAUGCCCCUGGACCCGAGCAAUGAAUCCCACGUCUCUGCUGCGCUGAGAUAUCAGGAUUUCAUCCUCGGCAUCAUGUCCAAUCCGCUGUUCCUUGGAAAACAAUACCCGGCUGACGCGCUGAAGACAUUGGGUCCUAAUCUGACGGCUCUGACUGACGAACAAAUUGCUCAGAUCCGUGGGAGAAUCGACUUUUGGGCUUUCGACCCGUAUGUCGCCCAAUUCGCCUCUCCGCCACCCGGGGGUGUUGAGGCUUGCGCAUCCGAUCCCUCCAAUCCUCUGUGGCCGAGCUGCGUGAGUCUGACCAAUGUGCAAGCCAACGGCUGGCUGAUGGGCGACGCCUCGAAUGCAUACGCCUACAUCGCGCCACAGUACGUGCGUCAACAGCUCGGCUAUGUCUGGAACACGUUCCGUCCUUCGGGGAUCCUGAUCGCCGAGUUUGGCUUCAACCCGUUUGCCGACAGUGAACGGUCCCUCGACGCUCAGCGGUACGAUCUGGAGCGGACGCUUUACUACCAGAACUUCCUUCAGGAAAUGCUAAAGGCCAUUCACGAAGACGGCAUCAAUGUCAUCGGCGCUCUUGCCUGGAGCUUUGUGGACAACAAUGAAUUCGGCAGUUUUGCGAACCAGUAUGGCAUGCAGGCCGUCAAUCGCACUGAUGGAAAAUUUACAAGGAAUUACAAGCGCAGUUUCUUUGAUUUUGUGGACUUUUUUUCGAAGCAUGUUGCGUCAUGA